AUGCUAGUCCUUCUGAUGCUGGUUGCGGCUGCUCAUGCGCUUCGCAACGAGCCCGCAACUGAUCGCUCCCAACUAAAGAGCUCAGACUUCUCAGUAAGUGAGGUGACGUCAAGUGAAAGUCCCGCGCAUUGCGAAGUCCAGACCAAGUACGCCUCUGUUGAGUCCUAUGUGAAGGCCUGCAAGAUGUUUGGAGAGGAAAUUUGCGCACACUCAGAUGCCUCUGCCUACUGCCAUUGGAUACCAGCAGGCCUUCGCGUGAUUCCUGGGUCUUGCUGGAUUGUGCAGAAUGGAAGAUACACUUAUGGCCCAGAGUACGCUUACCACUGCCUAUACAUGAAGGAGGAAGAAUGCAAGACGACGGAAUAUUGCGAUUGGCACCCGGAAAGGAUCGCCUGA